CACAAACGAAAGUGCACCAAACUAAUACUGACUUCGUGACAAAAGGGCUUUACUUUAGUGUCUUCUUACUGGGAAGGUGUAAACUUGAGGAUUAUGUUAUUUUGUGUGACUCUCCUGAUUCUCUACAGCUUCAUGGAAUCUCAGUCAGAGCGUUUAAGGGUGUUUGGUCCAGAUGCUCCUCUUGCUGCUGUAGCUGGUAAAGAUCUGGUUCUGCCCUGUUUUAUCAAACCCAGCACCAGCGCUGUGGACAUGACAGUGCAAUGGUUCAGACUAGAUGUAGAAGACUCAUUAGUGCAUCUCUAUGAAGAUCAUGAAGACAGAAAUGAAGAUCAGGCUCAGACCUACAGAAGACGAACAUCACUGUUCAAAGAGGAGCUACAGAAAGGCAACGCUUCUCUCAAACUCUCAGCUCUCCGAGUCUCUGAUGAAGGAGAAUAUAAAUGUCUCGUUGAGGACAAAUCCUGGUCUGAUGGCAUCAUUAUUUAUGUUACUGUUGAGGCUCAAGGAAGCCACCCAGUGAUCUUGAUGGAGAAAUAUGAUAGUUCAGGAGGGAUUAAUCUAGUAUGUGAGUCCAGAGGCUGGAAACAUGAACCUGAGGUUCUGUGGCUGGACAGAGAAGGAGCCACUCUGCCUGCUGAAGAUACACAGAUACACAGAGACACGGAGGGCUUCAGUGUGAAACGCCGCAUCACUGUUUAUGAUUAUAGCGACUCCAACAGAUUUUACUGCAGACUUCAACAAAUUCAUCACAUGAUGGAAGCAGAGGUUAUCAUUAAUAGUAAAGUCUUUGAUACUUGGAAGUGGGGUGUCACCAUUUCAGUUUCAGCAUGUCUUAUUGCUUUCGGAUGGAUAGUAACUGCGGUUAUCUUACACAAGACAGAGCCACAGAGACAGAAGGUGGAACAUGAGUUAACAGAAAAGAAGAUCUUUGCAGAGCUGCAGAGACAGAGGAUGAAACACGUGUUAGCAGAGAAGAAGAAGUUUGCAGUGGAUGUGACUCUGGAUCCUGAUACAGCUCAUCCCAAACUCAUCCUGUCUGCUGAUGGAAAACAAGUGAAAGACGGAGACAUACGACAGGAUCUCCCUGAUACACCACAGAGGUUUGAUUAUUAUCCCUUUGUUGUGGGAAAGCAGAGUUUCUCCUCAGGGAGAUUUUAUUAUGAGGUGCAGGUCAGAGGGAAAACUAAAUGGAUAUUAGGAGUCAUGAGAGAGGACAGUAACAGGAAGGGGAGCAUUACACUGACUCCUCAGAAUGGAUUCUGGACUGUGAGACUGUGGAAUGAGAAUCAGUACUGGGCUAAUGCUGGUCCUGAUGUCCCCCUCACACUGAGAGAGAAGGUGGAGAAGGUGGGGGUGUUUGUGGAUUAUGAGGAGGGUCUGGUCUCCUUUUAUGAUGUGAAGUCCAGCUCUCAUAUCUACUCUUUCACUGCUCAGUCUUUCACUGAGAAACUCUAUCCAUUCUUCAGUCCUUGUUUAAAUGAAGGAGGUAAAAAUUCAGCACCACUGAUCAUCUCUCCUGUAUUUAACACUGAAUGAAUUUUCACCUCACACAUUUAAUCAUCUAUUAAAUGGUGAGAAUAAAAAGAAAUAUUUUACUUUUUUGGUGAAUUUUAGAAAUACAUAUUCCCUUUUAAAGUGCUGUACAGUUUAUUUUAAUACCUGGGGUUUGUUUUUAAUUUUAAUCCUACAGUCUGUUUUUUACACAUUAUGAUUGUGGAACUUUGUCAUUACAAAUCAAAUAUUAAUAAAGAUCAUUUACAGUUCACACUGAGUUUUACUGCAGAAUUGAAUCUGAUCAAUAAAAAA